AUGAACAGAUCAUUCCAGAAUGUCUUCGGCACGCGCAUUCAGGAGAACUUUGGCAAGAAUUAUCUGACAUUCUGGGAAGGGGAAAAGGGAGAUGGGAUUGGAGAUGGCUAUGGGCUUGCAUACGACGACAACUACCGUCUGGCCUACAAAGUAUCGGCACAGAAUAUCAAAGUCCACAGCGACCUCCAUGAAUUCGCCUUUACGGGUCACGGAACGGCGUUGGUCACUGGUGUUGACAAGGUACUAGCCCGAGGCUCAGACUAUAAGGAUUGGGCAGUUCCCGACGUAUUCGAGAUUCUGGACGGCAUAGUACAGGAGAUUGAGCUUGGGACCAACAAGGUGCUGUUUAACUGGCGAGCUCUCGACCACAUUGACCCUAUGGACUCAUUUGAGCCCAGGGGGAGCGGCUGGGACGCCUAUCACUUGAACAGCAUCGAGAAGACUAAAGCUGGCAACUAUCUCAUCUCACUGCGGCAUCUCCACUCGAUCCUGCUGAUCGAUGGCAAAUCCGGCGAGAUAAUCUGGACACUGGGCGGUAAUCGCAACGAUUUUGUCGAGCUUCCGCCAUUGGAAGGUGUCGAAUACAGUCAACCUCUACUCACACUGCGCUGGCAACACCAUGCCCGUUUCGUCCCCGGAACCGACGAGACUCAGAUGACCCUCUUCGAUAACCAUGUCCGAGAAACCUCGCACGGGCAAUGCGAUUCUGAAUGCUCGCGUGGCUUGCACAUCGCUAUCGACGACACCUCUUCACCCCCGACCGUCCGCCUUCUGCGCGAGUUCCGCCAUCCAUCGCAGCUUCAAGCCCAGAGCCAGGGCAGCGUGCAGGUCCUCUCGCCUUCUCCAAAAGACCUCGGAAACGUAUUCAUUGGCUGGGGCCGGUGUCCCACCUUCACAGAGCACAAUGCAACAGGGCAGACAGUCCUGGACGUCCAGUUUUCCCCAUGGCAUAGCCCCGAUGUUCCCGACGCGCUUGACAACUAUCGCGCGUACAAGAUGGAUUGGUCAGCCACGCCCUGGUGGGAUCCCGCCAUUGCAGCGAGGAAAAGCUGGAAGGGCGAGUUGGUCGUCUACGUCAGCUGGAACGGCGCGACCGAGGUGGCCAAUUGGGUGGUUCGGGGGGCGGCCCAUGAUCUGCACGUCAAUCGAGGCGAAGUACUGGCGGAAUCCCGACGGACUGGGUUCGAAACCAAACUGACGGUCGGGAAGACGGUUUGGCGAUAUUUGUGGGCCGAGGCUAUGGAUCAUCAAGGCAAUAUCCUUCGGUCAACCAGUAUUGUGGACUUGGACACGGAAGAGCUAUCAGUUGCCUCGGACAUUUACGGUGAAUUCGAUUCAGCGAUUCCCAUCAAACAGAAAGCUGCUGGACUAUCAAAAACUGCUUUCGUCUUGAUCGCUACUGUGUCGGGUAUCCUCGUCUUCAUGAUUUCAGCAGGCGGAGCAAUUCUCUGGCGCAGGUGCAACGACUAUAAUCGCUUGGAGCCAGAUGAUUUUGAUCUGGACAUGGGGGAGGAGGAUGACAGCGAGAACGAUAAUACGGAUGCGACCAGCAAGCUUGAGAGCCUUAGCCCUCAAUCAAGAGAGGACGAUGCCCAUCAUGCUCUUCUUCCUCGUAUCGAGGAACGUAAAUUUCGCGUGGCCAAUUAA